AAUCCAUUAGCUUUCAAACAGGAGAAGGCAUCAGACAUGGAACAUCUUUUCUUGGUUCUACUGUAUCUCUGUAGCAUGUUCAGCUCACAUUUUGCUGCCUAUGAUAGCGUGAUGAACAGGCAGAAUGACAGGCGCAAUCUAUUUGCAGAGAGAGGCUGCUGUAAAAGACAAAGCAAUUUUGUUUAUAUUGGACAAGAUAUUUCUGGCAGUCCAGUAAGUGUAGAUGUCGGCUUGUGCAGGUCUCAUUGUGGUAUUCCCCAAAGAAUUAAUUCGUACAAUCAGGCGUUGCCUGCACUUGCAAAGCAUUCUUCCAUGCUGGAUAUCCUGAAAAAUAAAAAGCUGCGUGAAAGGGUUCCAGACCCACAUCCUUCUUCUGGAUCAGAACCUUCUUGUCCCCAGGAGUCUACCUGUCAGCCUACCAAAGUUGGGAUUGAAAGAGUCCUGCUUUUCCAGGGUAUCCAAGAAGUGGAGGUGAUAGAGGAUUGCCAGUGCAGCCUGACACCGCAUGAUUGCAUUCGAAUGCCAUUUCUGAAGACAUUUUUUCCAGACACUCCAUUUGAAUCAACAGUGGAUGUUGGAAAGUGUUCUAGUCCUAAAACCAGCACAGGUCUCCUGUGUUCCCCAACUAAAUUUGACACUGUGGUGGUUGAAAGCCCAAAUGGAGCAGAGAUUGUGCAGACUGUGGAAAACUGUGAAAUGAAGGAGAACUGCUACCGAAUCAGCUACCUGGAAUAUUACUAUGAAGUAGCGUACAAUUCUAAUGGCAUCAAAGAGGAGAGACUAAAGGAAAUUGAUGUGGGAAGGUGCUUAGGAGGCUGCUCAUCAGGAAGCCAUUGUCUACUCAGGGAUUCACGUAACAGAGAUCACUGUAUAGUCUGGGCAGAAGGCUCAGGCAGCGGAUGUGUCCCCCAAGAUUACGAGACACACACAUUUAGAAGCAGAAAUGGGCACAUACGUUCUGUGUUUGCGAUCAAGACCUGCAAAUGCCAAAUGUAGAGAAAAUCCUCUUCUUAUCACCUGGAAUUUUCUAUCUACUGAAGAAUAUGAAAUUGCUAAAUUAUUUAAGCACUGUCAUCAAUGGUACUGAGCUGCUCACACUCAGCUACUUUUUGGUGAAUGAAGAAAAGGGCACUUUUAUUUCCUAAAAAUUUGCCUACAGAACUGUUGAACUGGCACAAGGAUUAAAUACCCCUACAUAAAUGGAUGUAGAUUGAAAAAAUAACACACAGUUAUCAUAAUGGUGUUGUUUUUAUGUUAAGAUCUAGGACUAUUCUGUGGGAGGACUUUUUUUUUUACUGUCAAAUCUUGAACUCAGUUGACCAUAUUUUGUCUUAUAAUUCAACUGUACUUGCACUGGAGACGUUCCAGGAGUUUAAAAGCACAAUAUGAAAGAAACAGUAUCGAUUGGACAGAGAAAUUACAAACUAUGAAUAGAUUGAAUCUGGAACUUUGCAUUUGACUGAAUAUUGAAUGCUUAAAAAAAAAUCUGGCCAAAAUACAAACCCUGAUUUGCAUUUACAAACAUCAUCUUCUGAGAAUUUCAAAGAUUUCUGUUGACCAGUUCUACAAGGGCUCUGGCAGAAGUCCUAUUCCAAAGCAAAGCAUUCCCAUCUUUUUCUGUCAUUUCUUGGGCAUUGUGACCCCUGCUGGAGCUUAGUGACAGCCCAAAUGCCACACAACAAGUAUUAUAUUUUUCAUACUAAAGGCAAAUUGAAUUCUAAUUAAUCAUCAUUUGAAAAUUAUUUGUAAAUUUAAUAGUUAUUCAAUUUAGCAGUAUGACUGUGUUUUCCUAGUCUCUCCACUGCUCCUUCUGACUAGAAAGCAUGUACCAUUAAAAUAUUGCAUUAGUCAGCUCUACUCUAGACAAGAUUCCAUUUUCCACAGUGCCUUGCAGAUUGUUGUCAUUGUCCAUCUUCAUCUGUAUUAAUCACAGAACAUGCAAGGAACUGUGGGAACUGCAGUUUUUGGCUUGAGGGGGUCUUGGCUACUACAAUAUUUUAGUGAGAAGCAGCAGUGUAUGGAAAUAGCAAAGCACAGACACAUACUGUUUUACAAUGUAAUGAAUUUCCAGUAAUAUUUACUGAAUUUACAAAUUCCAAUCACUAAAAAUAACUGUAUUGAAAAGUUGCUUAGAAUUAUAUUUGCUGUCAUUGAGAAUAUAUUGGGGUUUACUAACAAUACAGCAGAACCAAAGUUUUUUUUUUUUGUUUUUUUUAAAGCAAAGUGGUGGGAUUUAGCUGAAUCCUACAUUAUAUUCUGCCUUCAAGGCAUCCCAUUCCAAUAUCCUAAGAAAAAAAAAUGAUGAUGUCUUUUGUAUAAAGUUGUAAAAUAGAAAGAAAUAUAUACUGUAAAGCAAUAAGUUGUACAUUUGUAUAUAAGACUGUAUAUAAUAUUUUCUUAAAACACAGGCACCAAUAGAAAUGUUUUCAUUUAAUUCCAAUAUUUAUAUAGAGGACUGAAUACAAUAUAAAACCUUGUAAAUAAAAUAUACGUUUUCUCUGUCAAGAUUUUUGAAAAUAAAAUAUAUGUCACAGAA